UUCUUUACUUUAACUAUGCUUCAACAAUUACCUCCAGAAAUCUUAUUCGAAGUUACAUCCUAUCUAUGUUGUCAGGAACUUGCUUCUCUACGCCUGACAUCUCGUUUACUCCGCACUUAUUGUGACCAUCCUAAUAACUGGAAGAACAUUCAACUACAUACAAAUUCCUCAGGACAGUUAUGGAAACUAGAUCAACUCAAGAAGGUCAUUGGUCCUCACUUAGCGCAUAUUCAGUCCAUUCGUAUCUGGGGUGUCCGUGAUAAUAUUGUGCAUUACAUUCUAUCAUCUUGUUACAACUUGAGACACCUGACGAUUUGUGGUUGGACAACUUUAUCAGAUCAUUCGCUUCGGCUUUUACCUCCCCGAUCAUUAAAGGUUAAAACUUUGGCUCUUAUUGGUUCCUGCGAACACACCAAGUUUGCCUCGAUUGAUGCAAGUACUCUUAGUAAUCUGUUGGCCCAAUGCCCUGAAAUGACACACCUUGUACUUGGUUGCGAACUCCAAAUGAAUGCAGAGACAUUAGUAGCUGAGCUUGAAAAAAAGGUACAACAGACGCAUCUGCUUCGGUCUGAUCUUCAAUCCUUCACAUUGGCCACCAAACGAACAUGGUUAAAUGAACACGUAUUGCGUUUGAUAAAGAUCUAUCCGAGCAUUCAAAGUAUUUACUUAUUGCCUGAUGCAACCAUUGGAUUCUGUGCAGAACAAGAAACCCUUGACUAUUGGAUGACAAACAAAUUGGACCAAAUUAUCAAAGCAGAAUCAGCGACACCAAUGCCUAUAAAAGACAGUGAAAUAUCUUUAAUCUCCAAUCAUCAUUGUAUUGUGUACGACAAAUCUUGGUCUUAAUGACAUUAUCCAGUAUUAUCUUUCUGUAGCUGGAACUCAGAAUCUAUAUAUAUAUAUAUAUAUGAUAUAAU